AUGUGGACUAAGGGUUAUGAACAGAAAAUGCAAACAUUAUUCAGCGAUGACGAAACAUACACCCGUAUCCGGCAGGACGUGACAAAUAAAUACCAGAUCAAGCUUUUAGUGACAAGCAUUAAGUCCGCCGUAAAAGCAGCCGAACACGAACAGAUCGCGCUGAAAAAGAAAGCCGAAGCAGCUGAAAAGGUGCUGAAAGAUGCGGCGGAGCAUACAGCAGUUGAGACACAGCAUGCACCCAAAAGUCCCCGAACCACUCGCACGGAAAAACGAGGAAGGGAUUCGCCUGGAGAGCAGGAAGGCACGAAAAAGCAACGGAACGUGCAAGACUUUGCCAGCGUUCUGAAGGAACGUGUCAAGGAUGGUGAGUGGCAGACCGUGGAAAACCAGCGGGAGAAGAGGAAGCAGCAGAAGGAGAAUGUGGAAAAGAGGAAGGAACAGAAGAAACAAGAAAAACGUCGUUCUCCUCGGGAGAGAGUUAAAGGUGAUGCCCUGAUCGUAGAAGCGAGCGAUAAAACGUCGUACGCAGCGAUCCUGAAGAAAAGGAAGCAGCAGAAGGAGAAUGUGGAAAAGAGGAAGGAACAGAAGAAACAAGAAAAACGUCGUUCUCCUCGGGAGAGAGUUAAAGGUGAUGCCCUGAUCGUAGAAGCGAGCGAUAAAACGUCGUACGCAGCGAUCCUGAAGAAAGUGAGAGAGGACCCGGAGCUAAAAGACUUGGGUGAGAAAGUGGUGAGAACUAGGCGUACCCAGAAGGGGGAGUUACUGUUCGAGCUGAAGAAGGAUCCCACGAUCAAGAGCUCGGCCUUCCGGGAGCUCAUUGCCAAUUCAUUGGGCAGUGACGGUAACGUAAGAGCUCUAACGCAGGAAGCAGUGGUCGAGUGCAGAGACCUGGACGAGAUCACGACGGAAGACGAACUGAGGGAUGCACUGGUCUCACAAUGCAAGCUGGGGAAGUGCAAAUGACGGUUCGACUGAGGAGAGCGUACGGUGGCACACAAGUAGCAGCGAUACGACUACCAGCAGAGGCUGCCAACCAAAUGGUGGAGGCGGGCAAGGUAAAAGUAGGAUGGUCGGUGUGCCCGUUGAGAUUCGCCCCACGAGUCACCAAGCAGAUGGAGCGAUGCUUCAAAUGCAUGGCGUUUGGCCACCAGGCGCGAAACUGCAAAGGCCCGGAUAGAUCCGGUCUAUGUAGGAAAUGUGGUGAAGAAGGACACGUUGCUAGGGACUGCACGAAGCAACCAAGAUGCCUGCUCUGCAAACCGGAGGACGGAAACGACCAUACGACGGGUGGCUUCCAAUGCCCUGCAUACAAGAAGGCGAUGGCGGGCCGGGAUUAAUGGAGAUCAUCCAGUUGAAUCUCAAUCAUUGCGACACCGCACAGCAACUGUUGUGGCAGUCGACAACAGAAGCAAUGUGUGACGUGGCAAUUAUUGCUGAACCGUAUCGGAUCCCUCCUGACAACGGCAACUGGGUGGCGGAUUCAUCGGGGAUUGCAGCUAUCCAAGUGAUGGGCAAAUUCCCUAUUCAAGAGGUGGUAGACAGCUCAAGCGAA